AUGGAUCCGGAUGCAUUUUCAGCAAGUUUGUUUAAAUGGGACCCUAGAGCCGCCGUGCCACCACUUAACCGGAUGUUUGAAGCAGUGGCGCCACCUCCUCCUCCGGCGCAGCCUGUGCAGACAUUUUCAAUGAGAAUAAGGGAGUUGGGAGGUUUAGAGGACUUGCUUCAACCUUAUGGAAUAAGAUAUUUUACUGCUGCUAAAAUAGCUGAGCUUGGAUUCACAGUUAACACCCUAUUGGACAUGAAGGAUGAGGAACUUGAUGAAAUGAUGAACAGUUUAUCACAUAUUUUCCGGUGGGAUCUUCUUGUUGGGGAGAGGUACGGGAUCAAGGCUGCUGUAAGGGCCGAAAGGCGCCGCCACCACCUCCUUCUCUCCCAGGACACUGCUAAUGCCCUUGAUGCGCUCUCUCAAGAAGGCUUAUCAGUGGAGCCAGUUCAACAAGAAAAGGAAGCCGGUGCCAGCGGCGAAGGAGGGACGUGGGAGAUGGUGGGAGGAAGAGGGGGCGAGAAGCAGCGACGAAGGAAAAAGGGGCGGUCUAGAAUAGUUUCAUUGGAAGAAGAGGACGACGAAACAGAGGAAGCCGAGGAGAAUGAGAGUGGCGGUGUUGGUGGAAGUGAAAGGCAGCGAGAACAUCCCUUCAUCGUGACGGUGCCUGGGGAAGUGGCACGAGGCAAGAAGAAUGGCCUUGAUUACCUCUUCCAUCUCUAUGAACAAUGCCAUGAUUUCUUGAUUCAAGUUCAGAAUAUUGCCAAAGAAAGAGGUGAAAAAUGUCCCACCAAGGUGACUAAUCAAGUUUUUAGGUUCGCAAAAAAGUCGGGAGCAAGCUACAUCAACAAGCCAAAAAUGCGACAUUAUGUACACUGCUAUGCACUGCAUUGCCUCGAUGAGGAGGCGUCCAAUGCAUUGCGAAGAAGUUUCAAGGAGCGAGGUGAAAACGUUGGUGCGUGGAGGCAGGCUUGUUACAAGCCUCUUGUGAUUAUCGGUGCACGACAAGGGUGGGACAUCGAUGCUAUAUUUAACAUGCAUCCUCGACUUUCUAUUUGGUACGUUCCGACCAAGCUACGUCAGCUUUGCCAUGCCGAACGCAGCAAUGCCACCGCUUCCAGCUCCAUAACUGGUGGAGCUACUGAUCACUUGCUAUUCUAG